AUGUCUGAUCUAGUCUUCCGACACAGACCCGCAGAUCUCCUUGGGGAUCCCUUCAUGGGCUCCGAUCUAGACCCAGUCAUGCCCGCCUCUGGCGAUGCCGCCAAGAGCGAGGAUGCUGUCAAGGGCGAGGAUCCCCCCGCUCUCUACUCAGAGACCAGCAAUGACCAGCCUGUCGUCACCAACCCUCUGGCGAGGGAGCCUAUUCGACCUGAGGCCGUGUGUGUUCGCACAACCUUCCAUGUCAAUGUGGACUGGCGGUUGGGCGGAUCCUUGGCGACGGCUUCCAACAUAGUCGGCCAGAUUGGAAGAUCCAAAUUCCUCGCAGGCUCGCACUGCGAUUCGCUCCAGCAUCACUCUAUGUCGGUUCAGACUGUCGAGAGUGAGCUCACGGCCCCCGAAAAGGUGACUGCGACAAAUCCCAGAAUCAAGUAUCCGUCGGCAAAGUUCCACGAUAAGUGGCCAGGGUCUGGUCUUCGCCAUGAUGACCCCUAUUUCGCCAACUACUGUGCUGGUCUGACUACGCUCUGCCUGAGAAAGGUUGAGCGCCAGUGCUUGGGCCAAAAUGCUCUCCAGGAACUCCUCAAACACACCGGAAAGGCAUUUCUUCUCGGCGAGGGCACCGGAGGCAUGAUGGCCUGGCUGGCCACCGACGUCGAGCCUGAUCUUGUCGCCGGAGUCAUCGCCAUUGAGCCCGUGGGCCCUCCUUUCGGCACAACGACCCGCACGGCAGCAAACGGCCACCGCAUCUUCACUCAGAACGUACGACGGGUUGAGGGGGUUCGGAUCUACGGCCUGACUGACAUUCCCCUCACCUUUGAUCCCCCAGCCAGCUUCCAUGCGGGCGUCUCGGCUCCUGAUCAAGAGCUGCCCCUCGACAUUGAAGAGCGACUGAGACCCGACUUAAAAGGCAUUUGCUACCUGCAGCGCAAUCUCCACGAAGACGAAGUUAUCUUGAAUCGUGAGACCAGUAAACACGAAAUGUCAGACCGUAUUCGAUAUCGCGAGCUCUACAACCUCAAAAAGGUUCCUCAAGCCGUCGUCACGGCUCACGCGAGCUCCCACAUCAUGUAUGACUGGAUGACCGUGUCAUUCAUGGUCCAGGCCGGAGUUCCCGUCCAGUGGAUCAAGUUGGACGAGCAUCAGAUCUUUGGCAACGGACACCUCAUGUUCCUCGAGACCAACAGCGAUGACAUUGCCCGUCUGCUCACCGAGUGGAUCUACAACAUGACGCCCGAGACCUUCCGUGGCAGUCUUCCGCGCCCCGUCGCGCCUCCUCAUUCUCGACAAGUCCAUGAUCCACCCCAGGAGCCCGCCGAGCAGGCGACCGCUCGCCUCCCGAGUGUUGACCUAAUGGGCGGUGUGGAAUCCGCUCACCAUAACGAUCAGUCCCUGGGCACUCAACCAGAUCAUGUCACCUCAACUCAGCCUGAGCAUGUCGAGUCUUCCCAGCACGGUGUUCAAUUGCCCGGUGUUGAAACGGGUCAUGCCGAAUCCGUUCAGCUUGAACAUGCGAACACUCGUGUCGACAUAGCCCAAGUUGAACAUGCGGACACUCAUGUCGAUUCAGCUCAGUCCGAGGAUGCGAAGGCCGCUCACCACAACCAUCAGUCAGUCGGUCUUCAAGAGGAUCACGCCGACUUGGUUCAGACUGAGCACGUUGAGUCUCGCCACCACGAUGGUCAGUCGCCUGGUGUUCAAGCGGAUCUUGCCGACUUGGUUCAGUUUGAACAUGCAGAGACUCGUGUCGAUUCAGCCCAGGUUGAGCAGCUGGAUAUUCCUCACCACAACGAUCAGCCACCCGGUCCUCAAGAGGUUCAUGUCGGCCCAGCUCAGACUGAGCAUGAGGAGCUCCCUCAAAACGAUCAGUCGCCCGGUUCUGAAAAUGAUGUCGACCUAGUUCCGUUUGAGUAUCCGGAGACCCCUCAUAAUUCUGCUCAGAACUCUUCCGACCAGUCGUAUGAGCCCUCUUCAAGUUCUGGUCCCAGCGGCGACUCUUGGGGUUCUCGUCACAGCAACCAGUCCUCGGACUCUCAUCACGACAACCAGCCUGCGGGCUUUCGUCAGGACAACCAUUCUCCCGACUCUCACCGAGACAAUCGGUCUCCAGGCUCCCAGGGCAAUGGUGGCAAUCCAGGACAGUCUGAGCCUACAUCUGACAUCUCCUACAUCAACUCUUCCCCAUCUCAGAGUGAUGACAAGAUUGUGAUUUCUCAGCCAGCUGUUACUCCCCAGAACUCGACCCGGAGCUCUCUUGGCUACUCGCAAGGUCCCUCUUCCUCUUCGACCCAUGAACAAUCUACAAACAAACGACCCGCUCCGUCGUCUUCUGGUCGACGCUCCCUUGCAUCCAACCCGGGCAGUUCUCCUCCCGCCACGUCAUGGGGACCUGCUCAGAAGCGUCCUCGGAUGUCCACAUCUCCCCUUGGGUCAAACUACACCCCUUCUGCUACCAAUGCGACACCCGGAGGCUCUUGGUAUACUGAUGAUAGUCCUCAGUGGGAUCGAGACCAGAGCGUCGAGUCGCCCAUCACGAGCCUCGCCAUGUUGCGACCCGCUCACCCAGCCGGGCCGGUUCAGCUGAGACCUCGAGUCGUCACCACCCUCAGUUCUCCCGUCAUCGUAAGCCCCCCUCCUGUGGGUUACACUCCUCACAAAGAGUUUGUGCGAGCUUAUGGUUUGGUUGGUCUCUCGCCUGCUCAGGAGCAGCCUCGCAGUGCUGCCAGGGACGCCCGGGGUCACUCUCCUCGCGACCAGUCUACUCAAGGUCACCAGACUCAGAGUUAUUCUACUGAGAGCCAUUCUACUCAGGACCAUGCUACUCAGGGCUAUUCUACCCAGGCCAACUCUACCCAGGGUCGUUCUGCUCACGAUCACACUGCUCAAAGUUCCUCUACUCACGGAUACACUACUCAAAUCUACCCUCACUCGGCAGCUCGCUUUGAGUGCCAGCCGGGCACAGCUGAGGAGUCGAUCGCCGCAAUGGCGAGAGUCAACAAAGCCCGACUCGCCUCCAACGCCAGCCGCUCAGCCGCAGCAGCCGAAGAUGUGCAUUUCUCUCCCUUUAAGCAGCCUCGAAUUCUUCCAGGCAGCCAGAUGAGCCAGCUCAAUGGAACAAACAACACCGAAGAGGCUCCACAGGCCACGACUCCCGCGCCAGCUGCACAGCCUAUCCCAGAACGCCCCAGCACUCCUGGGGCUCCAGGCUCGGAGACGGAGGAUAACUGGUUUAGCAUGUUUGGUUGUCCCCUUCGUGCGACACCUCCCAGCCCCUCGCCGGCUCCUAGAGGCUCGUCUAACCCGGCGUCUAGCAACGCGAGCCGAGGCUCCCCUGUCCUUGCUGGGUCCAGCAAGCGACACGCUUCCAAGUGA